AUGCCCAUUUUGCCCUUCGAUUCAAUGCUCUUUUGUCUAGCGCUCUUCCUUGUUCAGCUUAUUUCCCUUGCCGGUUUCCUCCACCAGGCGUAUCUUCCUACGCAUUCGUUCAUGCAUGGAUUCGACCUAUCAAUUUUCCCAUAUAUCUCUACGAGCAGUGAUGGGGGGAUUUUCGUGGAUACAACACCGAAUCCUAUGCCAUUGAUCAUAGAAGACAGUUCAAUGGGUGAGGGACUGCACGAGGAUCAGAUUCGUCGAUGUGUGAGAGAGAAGAAGCACGUGGUGGAUGUAUGCUGCAUCUGUCUGGGGAAUUAUGUCGACGGAGACGAUGUUGGGGUCCUGAAUUGCAGCCACGAGUUCCACACAAACUACAUCAAGCAGUGGUUGCUACAAAAGAAUCGGUGCCCCAUCUGCCAGCGGAAGGCAUUUGAGUCCUAG